UUUGGGUCCGUGUACGACCGGGAAGCAUUUCUGUUGUUGCCAGGCCAGCUGCUCACACGCCGAGCUUGACUGACGUUUUCUGGUCGCGAGUCUGCACGUGUGCACUCAUACCUGGGGAUUUUGGACAGUUUAACACGUUUGUUUUAAUUUUCGGACCACUCUGUUUGCUUCGACGUGUACAACUUGUAGUUUGAGUUGCUGAACGCGGGCCAUGGUGAUUAGAAGAGGAUAACCUUGUUUAUUCUAGCUAGCUAACAGCAGAAGCUGGGGCGCUAACGUUAGCUGAGCCGGGAGAACAACAUGUUCAGACUUGUCCCCAGACACUGAGAGUGAAGGGACAAUGACACAUACACCGUUAGAAAACCUGACAGUUAUUUUAAUUCGUUAAUGACAAAUAAAAUGGAUUACCAAUUUCCACAGCAGCUUUUUCCUUCAUUUUACAACUGCGGACCGCCGGACUCAGUCCUGAAACACUGCGCUGGAAACUGGGGCUCCUACGACCGAGUCAGACCGCAGGGCGGCUCUGGUCCUCUCCCCAGCUGGACAUUUACAUCCAGACAUCAGGUCAAGGGAGAGACGUGGUGUCACACUGAGCCGGUACCGGUUCCACUCCUGUCUCCUAAAAAGUCCAUCCUUUGGUCUUCAACACCUCCGGAUCCGCUGGACUUUACAGAACAUAUGCAGAACUUCUUCAUGGAUCACUGCCAGGACACCUUCAGGUGCAUGAGUGAAAUUCUAGGCGAAAAUUUCAACUUCAAACAAGGAGUGAGAGAGUAUAAAAGGAGCUGGAGGCAGUGUUGGUUUUCAUGUCAUCAGAAUAUGCGUGGUUUAUUGCAGAGAUACCGGAGGGAUUCAGUCCACAUGUGGAAGGUGAAAAACUUCCUCGACAUGCUGAAGUUUAAAAUUUGUCAGCAGUCAUAUCCCUCGAGACCGAUGGAUGCGUACAGCGCCAUGCUGUCGGACGUGGUGCACACCAUCCCUCCUGAGCUGCUGGGCGCUCUGCUGUAUGAGGAGCUGACUGAGCAGAGGGACCGCCUGCUGUUCUCUGAAAGAGCCACAGGGGGCGCUCUGGCCUUUGUCCCCUUCUCACAGAGUGGUAGCAGCUCUCAGCACGGCUGCCUCCUCUACCCCGGAAACCAGGGACUGGACUGCCUCAGUAUCCUGCAGAUCAGAUCAAAUACUGAAGAUUUAAAACCCAGAAGUACCUCAGACUUCCACAGAGUGGAGCUGCAGCACCACAGUGGAAGUUUUUCCUGUGUGGACGCCAGCAGCAGUGACCCGUUCAGCUUCCAGCUGAAAGGCCCUGUUAGACAGAUAAGCUCCGCCUCCCUGUUCAACGAUUAUUGUGUUGGUGUGCGGUCGGAUCACCUGUGUGGAGUUUGGAGGUUCAGUGAAAGAAACGAACCUCAUCUGCUGCAAGCCAUCAACACUAGAGAGGUCGCGACCUGCAUCAGCGUCAGUCCUCAUGUUUUAGGUGAAGUUCUGGUGGUGAGUGAGAGUGGAUUAGCAAACCUGUGGACUGUCGGCAGAGGGAUGCAGAAGGUUCGGGAGGAAGACCGCAACCUGUACUUCAACGCAAAGUCAUUAUGGCGAUGGUGCCAGUUCUCUGCCCACCCCAGGGUGAUGCUGUAUGCAGACAGGACGGGGGUGGAGCUCACAGACAUCAGGGUGAGUCCUGUCUUCAGUCACACUCUGUUUCGUAUCAGCAACACCUCAGAGUGUCGCAGUGGGGAGAGACUCAUUCUGUCCAGAUAUCUGGGAGACGUCCAGUCCUUCCACCACCUCAUCACCACUCAGUACUCAGCCUACAUCAUGGAUGAACGUUUCCCCAGUGUUCCCAUGCUUAAGUGGGAUCACAUGAUGCAGUCCCCGCCCAUGUUUGGUCACGUUGUUCCUGUCUCCGCUUCCUCUGGCGGGGCUGGAACCACUAAGGUCCUGCUGGGCUCCCACAGUUCUCAGGAAAUCACGCUGCUGCAGUAUUCAGGAGGCAAGGCGGAGGCCUGUUUCAGUCGAGGUCCCCCUCAGGCUCUGCUCAGACCUAGAGACAGUCUAAAACACCUUCCUGUCCAGAUCCCUCACCGCCUGGACACCGCAACCAAUAGAUUGUCCUCACCUGCUGCAGGUCUGACUUGUAUCCAGAAGAAAGAAGGAAGCGGAGCAGGUGGCAAGGAGUGUAUCUGUAUCCUACAGCUGACGGAGGCGGGAGAUAUUUUCUACCAGAUCCUCGAGCCUGAGCAGCCGGAUACCUCUAGGCCUCCAGCAGCAGAGGACGACCCGCCUCCUCAACGAGCAGCCAAAAAACUGCCACAACCAACUCAGAAAGAAGCCACAGCAUCAGGGAGAAAAACAGCAGAACAGCAUCAACCAGAUUCUCAGCUGGUUAUAUCGGACACAUCCAGCGAUGAGGGCGUAAUCAGGCCAACUCAGGAUCCGACUGCGCAAGGGAUUGUGGCUGAAACGCCAGAGAGGGAACAACGAGCACUGAACAUGUACUCUAACUCUUUCUCUGAGGAUUCAGAGUCAGAAGGGAAAGGUCGAAACCUGAAGCAGAUGUGGCUGCAGGUGGUCGUCAAUGAUGAUCCAGAGUUGGAUCAAGUGAGUGGAUUGGACGCAGGUGUAAAAGAAGGAAAGGUAGUUAAAGAUAACGCUGAUAAUACUGAGAAACCUGGCGCCAUGGAAGAAACAGUCAGCGGCUCCACCAGCGUGAGUCACGUUGAUGCCUCUGAGUGGCAGACUCCAUUGAAGCUUAGCGACGGUGCGCUUGUCACGUGGAAACGCUGGCUCCAGAAAUUGAUGCAAAAAAGUCGAGAAAAUAAGCCCCGCCCACGCUGCCUGCAGCACUUCACGAUAAAAAACGCAGGCCUCCAUCUAUUUGACGAUGAAGCGAGUGAUUUGACAGAAGAGGAGUGUGUACAGAGCCUGAGUGAUAUGAGAGCACGCAUGUCCAAACGCUCACUGCUGGUUCACAACACUGUCUCUACCUCCCUCGGGGCUCCAGAUGUGGUACUGGUGCCACACCAGGUGGACACGGAAGUCUGGACAGAUCAGCUCAGCCAACGCCUGACCAUCUCCUGGCAGGGGGAGGAGGCAUGGCAGGCAUGGUGGGAGGACCAUUUGGGGCUGAACAGGGAGGAGAAGGUGGAGGCUCUGAAGAGGAAGAGGAGGAGGGAGAAGGAGAUGAAGAGAGCCACUGGCCGACGCCUGGAGCUGUCCGGGAGCUUCACCUCCUCUGUCAGCUACCAGUCAGACCUGGACGAUUUCUCUGAUUCAAUGGGCUGGUCGUCUGCAGCGAGCCAGGGGGUGUGGUCAGACAGCGAAGGUAUGAUGUCCCAGUUGGAGGCCUUUUUGGAGCACGGGACGCCGAGAGCUGCGACACCCUCCACACCUCAAAGUGUUAAAGAUAAGCAAGGUGAACAGCAGACUCCCGGCAGCUGCCGCACCCUGUCUCAGUCCCAGACACCAAAACCUGACUCCACACUGGCAAAUCAGAAGAGGAGCAAACGUCCAGCCGAUGUCCAUCUCAGCUCUCUGUUUGCACCACAGGAUGAGCCCUCCCAGCAUGACAGUUACUUCCUGCAAGAGGGGAGCACGGUGCACCCCCCACCUCCACCUGUGGCCUCCUCCUCCUCUCAGCUCCGCAUCUCCCAGUCUGUCCCUCAGAGGAGCCUCAGGGUGAAUAUGUCCCAGGAUGCCUCCGUCUGGUCGGGUUUCUCCCAGUCUCUGUCCCUCUCCCAGAGUUCACAGAGUCGACUGGGGCUGUCGCAGGCGUCGCAACCCAAGAAGAAGUCUCGAAUGGGAUUUUGAAUCAUUGGAUGGUCUAUGUCUAUCACACAGAAAGGGAAUAUAUGGAAACUCUGUGUUUAUAAUAACUCGGUAAAACAAAUACAAGGCGCUGGACCAACCAGCCUCAAAUUAAAAUGUUUUUCUGAUUUUCGGCGUCUUCAGCGGCCUCAGGAUUUGUAAAACAGAUCUGUAAUGGUAUUAUUCACUGGGAUUGUACUUGAACAUGCAAACUGGAUCUAAUUCAGGAGGAUAAACUGAGUGCAUAUUGGAAAAGGAUCCAUCACACUAUUAGUGAUCCCUGAAGACAUCUGUAGGCUGAAGAAGACGGACUGCAGACUGGUUUGGUAGGACUGAGUGGAAUUUAUCUUUGUUUUGUUGUGUCUUUUGUUUGCUAUGGUGAUAUGCUGUGUGUGUCUGAGGGAUGUAAGGAAUGUCAAAUGAUCUAAGCAGUCACUCAGGCUGCUGGAAUCAUUUUUUGGUUUUCAUGAGGCAUUCACACUGCAGGUGACUUAUGUUUCACUGACCAAUUUCUAUUUUACUGGUUUGGCAUUCAUUUCAUAACACUCUGUCAUAGAGAUGGGUUAACAUGGUUGAUUAAUUCAAACUGAAGAGUAAAAAGAUCAAUAAGCUGACUGGAGUUCUGCACAGACUCCCACUGGGGACACAUCUGUUCUCCAGGUGUCAUUUGAGACUUUUAUAACUGAGUCUGAGAUAAAAGCUGAAAAGAACUGAAGCUGAGCUUUUAAAAUUAGACUUAAAAUAAAUCUAAACCUAAAACUAGUGACAUUAUAUAAUGAUUAAUGUUAAAUAUGAAACUGCUCUUUGUUGGAUAUGAAAGGAGUCCUUCAUCCCGUUCCUUGCAGUGUGAAAAAGUCACUUUUUCUUUCGAGGGAACUUUUACUUUUAAAGUAAUAAAAUAAGAUGUUUUUAGGAAUUUCCUGAUUUGCCAAAAUCAGCAUCUAUCUUGUGUGUGUAUUUACUGAUAAAUGAAAGUACACCUUG